AUGAGGAAGGUCAUUUUGAGUGCGAUUGUUGUGGUGGUGUUUGAAUUUAUAUCCAUAAACACAGGUAAAACUAUAUAAAGUAGCUUAAAUCCUCACCUUAGUGUAGCAAAUUCUAAAACAAUUGUGAUAAUCAACUCAAGUUUUAAAAUAGCUUGAUCGCAUCAUCCAAAAGAAAGUAAAUAAAAGGAAUGAUAUAAUAGCACUGCAGUGGAACUCUGGUGAUUAUGCAAAUAUUUAGUAGCAAAAUAGAGAGAGACUAUAAUAUGAUCUUAAAGCUUUCACGAUGAAAGCAAAAUCUUUUAUUCAGAAGAGGGAAGGUACAAAAGAAAAUCUUAGUGGUGGAGAAAAAAAAAUGUAUGAAGUUUUCUUCUGUAUCCGUGAGUUAAGGCAACAGAUCAUGAAAUACUUUGACUUCAGCCUGGAAAAUGCUGACCUUGAUCAUAUGGUACGUUUUGUAUUUUCCGAUGGGGCAGUGUAAGAUGCAGACUGCCGACUGACUUUGGACUAUUGUUUUUAGGGUUAGAAAACAAUGGGAUUAUUGUUGUCAUGUUCUCAUUUGUUUGGUGAAAACAAUAGUCUGCAGUCUGCGGCGUUUUACACUGACCAAUUUUCCAAUCUGGAUCUGGCAAAUACAGAACUUAUAUGUCUCCUAUCCAUACAGCAAUCCCUUGUCACCCCAGCUGCAGUGGUCAAGGAACAUGUCUGAAAGAUGGACAAUGUCUGUGUUGGUGGGGAUGGACUGGGCCUAAUGCAAAGUACAUUGUAUCUGGGUCAUUAAAGAACAGAAUACUGGUAAGAGCUGAGUGACCUCCUUAGAAUUAUGGUGAAAAAACAAACAAACAAAGAAAACAAAAAAUCAUUUAACCUGAUUUCACGUAUGAUGGUUCAAGAACAGUAAUUAAAGUAAAUUUAUUAAUUAUUUUCACUCCCAUAUCACUUUUGGACUAUUGGUAGUUCACAUGCACCUGUAGAACCUAUAUACAGUGCAUUCAGAAUUUUGCACCUAACUUGCAUAAUCAUAUGUGGCUAGUGCUAAAGCUACCAGGAUUUCAAAACUUUGGAUGAAAGGUUUCUUUGUGUAAAUGUAUGGUUGAUGUGACCCUUUAACCUAUAGUAUCAAAAAUUAACUUCUCAUUUCUACUGAAGUAGAGGGGAGAAUUUAAGUAUCAACUCAUUUUAUAUUUUAUAUUUUGCAAUCCUGUCCUUAAAUUCUUGUCACCAACUACUUUUAUAAAGCAUUGAUAUUAUAAGCAGAAAUUUUAUGCUGAUCACUACUAGGUUAAAUGGAUUAUGUUUCAGAUGAGAUACCAUGAGAAAACAGCUCACAUUCUGUGAUGCCACCACUGGUUUCCUCACAAAGUAAGGUCUGAGGAUCAAAGACGAUGAGAUGACUGGACUGAUGAUGUGUUAAUUAGGCUGGUUUUCACUAGCAAUGGAGUCAGAGUUGGAGUUAUAAGCUGAGUCAUUAGAGUGCUUAUGAUCUAGUGAAAAUAAAAAAUCAGAGUCCUAAGUGCUUACGCUCCUUUUAUGAUCUAGUGAAAACCAGAUUGUCGGAGUUGGAAGCAGAAGCAGAAGGAUAAGCCAAUCACAAUGCAUGUUCCCACACUUUGUGAUUGUGAUUGAUUUAAUUCUUCUGCUUCUGCUUCCAACUGCGACAGUCUAGUUUUCACUGGAUUAUUAUAAGUGGAAUGUAAGUGACGGAGUCGUAAGCAGAAUCGGAACGCUGUUUUCACUAGAUCAGAAGCUCUACAUUCUUAUUCCGACUCCGACUCUGUUGCUAGUGAAAACCAGCCAUAACUACACAGGUCUGGAUAGUGCUUCUCUGUGGUUGAAGCAAAUUUCUUCCAUGGCAUGCACUGAUCAGAAGCACUACCAGAUGUGGGUAGUGACUACAUGUCAUAAAUAUCAAUACCCUCAUUAGUUCUUUAGACAUCAUUUCAUGGGGAAACGGCUAUUUUCUAUAAGGCUACAGCUGAGUAAGGAAAGAUUAAUUUGCUUUUUCUUCCUUAUUUUCAGGCAGACUACUGCACAACUGCAUGCCAUUAUACUCAUGACUUUCAAAAUCCUUUGUGUGCCAUUACCCCUACGAGGCCCCCAUGCGAUCCAUUAUGUGGCACAGGUACAGCUGAUGUCUAAUAUUUUGGUAGCUCAUUAGUUAAUAAAAUGUUGUUCAGAAGUGGCAAAAAAUCUUUUUUAGUGUUUCUAUUAUUUGGAGAUGUUACUGUAAGUGAAAAAAUGGUUUCUUUUUAGUCUGUGCAAAAACAGUACAACAAGCUUAAGGCAUUCGCGAUUUCUUAUUGGUAGUUAUGUUGGCAUGAGAACAAUCAUCUGCAUGGCAUAUAGGUCAAGAAAAGCCUCAUUGUUUUGUAUAGAAAAUAAUUAAAAGUUUUCUACUCAUAAUUACAAAAAUGUAGCUUAGAAAGGUUCUUAAAUCCUUCUAAAAGUAUGACCUCUCAAAACAUGCAUGUAAGUAAUAUCCCAAACUGAAGUUGCUGUGAAGGUAUAUUCCUGGCUCUUAGUACAUAGUGAUACCACUACAUUCUUUGCCUUGGUUACAGUGCUCUGCUCUAAGAGGAGUCGCAGAAAGCCAAGCUGAGUCUUGGGGCACUGUUUUUGUUUAGGAAAGUAGAAUAUUAUUAUUUUUAUAACUGAUACUGGUUGACUUGUAAAUUAUCACAGGGACAUACAAUGGCCUGGGAAGAUGUCUGCCCAAUGGGCGUUGUCUCUGCUGGUGGGGCUGGACUGGCCCUAAUGCCGCUUAUAUCAAUGGAGGGAUGUACACCAACAGAAUUGUGGUAAGGAUCAUGUUGUAGCAAGGAGAAGAGAAUUGAGGAGUGGAAAAAAAAGAGGGUAGUAGGGGUCAGGGUGGCCUGAAUUUUGGUCGACUUACUUUGCUGCAUUUUCUUGGGUCUCUGGGCUGGUUCCUUUACAGAACAAAAAGGAGUGGCUAAGAAAGACAUGUCUGAUAGCCAGGGGAUGGUGAAUUUUGGUAUUGGCCUAGUAAAUUCUGUUCUUAACUUACCUGAUGGGCUAGUGAAGUUUUUUGGGAUGAUUCAGAUAACAGAAGAACUGUAAUCAGUCCUGCUUGUCAAAAAUUUUUUCAGGCUAUUUAAAAUGGCCAUUGGAUUAGUUAGUAAUCACAUAUGCUAGUUAAAAACUUGCCCAAAGGGUAAGCUGCAAAACUGACUUUUUUGCAUCCUGAAAAAUUUAUUUCACACUCACGGGUUUGUUUUAUUCUUCAAAGGCUGAUAGCUGUACUAAAAGCUGCAGCUACACACAGGUUUACAGAAAUAACAAAUGUGUUACAGCUUCAGCAACAACCAAACCAUCAACACAGCCACUGAGUACAGGAAGCCCAACAACAGGGAUACCAAGUACAGUGAAACCAACUAUCCCCCAAGUGUGCAGUGUGCCAGUUAACAAAACUGUGCCGCCCCUCUCCUGUGAUCCACUAUGUGGUUCAGGUAACGUCUGUUCCUUGAAAACAGUGUAUUAUAGAUAAAAUCUCAAGAGUUGCUUACUUACUAAAGCACAAUUAUAACAGUCACGUAGGGAGAGUGUAAUCGCAGCAAAGACAAUAUCAGCCACUUUACACUUCAACACUAUCUAUGUGAAAAAUCAGUAAGUGCUACUCGUCUGGGUUGUGGUGCUUAUUGGGGGGGGGGGGGGAUUCUAUGUAUUAAGAUUUUUGCUUUUAGGUGUGAUUUGUAUUCAAGUAAAUACGGUAUAUGGAACUGAUUCUUUAAUUUUCAUAAAGUCUGUAACGGCAACCUACACAUAGGAUUUCACACUAUUCUACUGUGCUUGGCAGAGGUAAAAGAAGGUUCCCCUUCCCCCCUCCCUUAACAAGAUGUUCCAGUCUUGUUUGAGAAUGUUACUGAAUUUUGGUUGCAGGUCCAACUUAUCACAGUACUGGACAGUGUCUCUCUAAUGGGCGUUGUCUCUGCUGGUGGGGGUGGACUGGUGCAAAUGCCUGCUAUGUUGAUGGAGGAAAUUACAACAAUAGAAUUUUGGUAGGUGUUGUUGUAACAUGAUUUAAGGGAACUGUUAAAGCUUACUUGGCUUUUAGGUAUCAUUAGUAGCUCUGUCAGUGUUUUGUGUUUAUGGUAUAACAAGGGGGUCCUCCCAUGUCAUGCACAUUUAUUUUUGUUUUAUUUUUCUCUCCAAAGGCUGACAGUUGUGUUAAAGGGUGCCAUUACACACAUAUGUACAGAAAUAAUAAGUGUGUUACAGCUGCACCAACAACCAAACCGUCAACACUGCCACCGAGUACAGGGAGCCCAACAUCCAUUCCUUUGACAACUGUGAUACCCAGCACAGGGACUCCAAGUACUGUGAAACCAACUGCAGGGAAGUCAAGCACUCUGAAUCCAACCACAGGUAACCCAACAUCGUCAAAUCCAACCACAGGAAAACAAGUAACUACAGUACCACCAAGUACAAAAACCCAAACAACAGGCUUUCCAACUAAAUUCAAACCAACCUCAGACCAGUCAAGCACUAUGAAACCAACCACAGGUAACCCAUCUAAUCCAACCACACAAAAACAAGUAACUACACCGCCAUCAACUACAAAAAGUCAACCGACAUGGUACCCAACUACACUGAAACCAACCACACGGAAGUCAAGCACGAUGAAAUCAACCACAGGAAACCUAACUACCAAGUAUGCACCUCCAACAAGUCAAAGCACUAGUACAGUAAAAGUAACCACAGGACAACCAUCAACAAAACAGAAGACAAGUCAGCAACCUGCAAGUACAAAAACAGUAAAACCAUCCACGAAGGUGUUGACAACACAAGCCCCAAUACCCACGACCACAGCUGCUGCUACCACAACCCAAGCUACCACUAUAGAGCCAACUGAGCCUCCAGAGCCAACUGAGCCUCCAGAGCCCACAGAACCUCCUGAGGCCAAUGAUGAUACUCUUGGAGCGCUUGCGAACGUCCAAGUAAGGAUGCUGUAAACACCCAGUACUGUGUGUAAAUUAAGACCGUAGGACUCAUCAGUGUGGCAUACCCCCAGCGAGACUACAUUGCUUGAAAGUUACAGGGCUUGAAAACAACUUUUAAUUCUAGGUGAAAGCAGCUCUUAAUUUUCGCUUGCUCCCAGGGGGAUAGGGGAAGCUACAUGUUCCUGUCAGUUUACUGUUUAGUUAGAAGAUGACUUGCUGGGUCCUUGCCGGUCAGGCAAGUACAUUUACAUACAUAAGUGUAAGUUUGAAAAGUUACUUGCCUGAAUAGAAAAUCUACUUGGGACUGUUUUCAAGCCCUGAGUAACUAUGUAUGAAAUUCCUUUUGCUGCUGGAGUAUGUGUAAGGCACUCAAUCUUUAAGCCCCUUUUAAACUGCACUGAAUGUGUAUACUGUCUGCCACGGUCUGCCACCAUGGCUGUAGAGAGGCUUCCUUUCCAGGGAGAUGGCUAUAAUGAAGGGUUUGACUCUAUAUUUGUCUGAAGGAUUUGCCCUGCAAGUAAAUCAUUUUUGUUACCAAUUCUAUUACCAAGAACUUUGUUAAGCUAAACACAGAUAGCAUGGUUUAAGUCGUCCCUUGGCAACCCAUUAGCAGGCUCCACUCUAACAAGCCAUGUUUUGUUCCCCACCAUAGUUACAAAAUGAUGCUGAAGUUGCAAAGUCAAAAGAAAGUGGAAAGAAAGAAGUCAAGAAGGAGAAGGAUUUCAGUCCCACUGCACUGGUGAUAGUUGGCGUUGUGUUGCUGCUUUGUGUUAUGGGGUUGGUGAUUGCUGUUUGGUGGACAUAUGGCAAUGGAAGCCAGGUCCCCAGUCUUCUGCGUGGCUAUGAACCAGUUGAAGCUGGCGAUUCCAACAUGAUGAUGCAGGAGUUAUCACAGACAGCUCCGCUGCCUUAG